AUGAUAAACACCAAUCGAAGAAAACCAAUCAUAUCUUCUCGCGCCUCUUUCAUCUUCCUUUUCCUUUUAUUUUUCCUCACUAUCUUCAAAGCUUCUGCUCAAAACCCUUUUUACCUCAAUCGUAAUUGUUCAAACACGAAAACUUUCACAAGAAACGACACUUACUUCACCAAUCUCAAAACCCUCUUGUCCUCUCUCUCUUCCCGUAACGCCUCUUACUCCACCGGUUUCCAAACCGCCACGGCGGGACAAGCCCCCGACAAGGUCACAGGACUUUUCCUCUGCCGCGGAGACGUGUCAGCGGAAGUUUGCCGUAGCUGCGUCGCCUACUCCGUUAGCGAAUCCUUAAAACAGUGUCCAAAUGAGAGAGAAGCUGUGUUCUAUUACGAGGAGUGCAUUCUCAGAUACUCUCACAAGAAUAUUCUAUCGACCGUUACAUACGACGGAUAUUUACUCAUGGAGAACACAAAUAAUAUUUCUUCUAAUCAAAAUCAAACAGACCAGUUUGUAGGUUUAAUGUCGUCUACCAUGAACAGAGCUGCCCUCGAAGCAGCCAACAGUUCUAGAAAAUUCAGUACGAUAAAGAUCAUAUUAACCGAAUUCCAGACAGUAUACGGGUUACUUCAGUGCACUCCGGAUCUUACAAGACAAGACUGCUUAAGCUGUUUGCACAGUUCCAUUGAUAGAAUACCUCUUUAUCAAAUCGGAGCAAGAUUUAAUUAUCCGAGUUGUAAUGCAAGGUACGAGGUUUACCCGUUCUACAACGAAAGCGCAAUAGAAACACCACCAAUAUCAGCCCUUCCUCCGGCUUCAGAUCCUUCUCAACCACCACGACCUGGAGAAGGUGGAAACUCGUCUGUCAUAGUUAUCGCUGUUGUUGUUCCAAUCACCGUCCUUUUUCUUCUUUUCAUAGCUGUUUUUUGUUUCCGGACUAAGAGAAAAAGGACGAUUUAUGGGACAGAACCACUAGCUGGAGACAGAGAUGAUCUUACAACAGCAGGGUCACUUCAGUUUGAUUUCAAGGUGAUAGAGGCAACAACAAAUAAAUUUUCGCAGAGUAACAAGCUUGGUGAAGGUGGAUUUGGUGAAGUUUACAAGGGUACAUUUCCUAGUGGAUUACAAGUUGCGGUGAAGAGGCUAUCGAAGACAUCAGGACAAGGUGAAAGAGAGUUCGAAAACGAAGUUGUUGUUGUUGCCAAGCUCCAGCAUAGAAAUUUGGUAAAGCUACUUGGUUAUUGUUUAGAAGGAGAUGAGAAAAUACUUGUCUAUGAGUUUGUGCCUAACAAAAGUCUUGAUUACUUCCUCUUUGGUCAGUUCACUUUAAUAUUUGGCCUAAAGAUAUGUUUUAAAAACUCCAUGCCAUUCUUUGUUAAUAACAUUUUAAUUAUGAAUUGUGAAGACUCUACGAUGCAGAGCCAGCUUGACUGGACAAGACGAUACAAGAUUAUUGGAGGAAUUGCUAGAGGAAUUCUAUAUCUUCAUCAAGAUUCAAGACUCACGAUCAUACAUCGUGACCUCAAAGCCGGUAACAUCCUCUUGGACGCUGAUAUGAACCCCAAAGUUGCAGAUUUUGGAAUGGCCAGAAUUUUUGAAAUGGAUCAAAUAGAAGCCAAUACGAGAAAAGUAGUUGGAACCUAUGGUUACAUGUCCCCCGAAUAUGCGAUGUAUGGCCAAUUCUCAAUGAAAUCAGAUGUUUAUAGCUUUGGUAUAUUAGUUCUUGAAAUUAUAAGCGGCAAGAAGAACAGUAGUCUCUAUCAAAUGGAUGGUAAUGCUGGAAAUCUGGUUACAUAUACUUGGAGACUGUGGAGGAAUGGGGCGCCAUUAGAGCUUGUGGAUCCGUCAUUUGGAGAUAACUUUCAAACAAAGGAAAUUACAAGGUGCAUCCAUAUCGCUUUACUCUGUGUUCAAGAAGAUGUUGAAGAUCGUCCAACUAUGUCAACGAUCGUCCAGAUGCUCACUACUAGCUCAAUCGCUCUCGCCAUGCCUAGACCACCUGGAUUUUUAUUCCAAAGCAAGCAUGAACAAGCAGAACGAGCAGGUCCAUAUAUGGAUACAUCUGCUCUCUGUUCAGUCGAUGAAGCUUCCAUUACUCGUCUAGAUCCUCGUUGAAGACAAAACUAUUCAUAAAUCUAAACAUGCUAUACAUGAUUCU